AUAUCUUCAUUAGUGAAACAGACCCACAUAUUCGAUUUCACGUAUACCGGCCGUAAGCUAUGAUGACGUGACGUGUUGAAAUGGCGUCUGCUGAUGAGGUGACACAGAAUCAAGGACAGGAGGAAGAGGAAACAAUCUUAUACGAUCUUUUCUUUCCGUAUGAAUGGUCUCAAGAAUCAGAACCAUUGACAAGUGUUAUUGCAGAGAAACCCAGGGGCUCUCUCGUUGGAAAGGUAUCUUCUGCAACCGCAAGAUCUUUGUGGACUUUUGUGAGAAGCACAGGAAUCCCUCUUGGGUCAUCUUCAACAUGCUCUCUACCGGCAACUCUUAUCAGACUUGUGAACUCUCAGAUCAGCUGGCAUAUAGCUACAGCAAGUGAUGGCAACCUUGUGGCAGUUCUGCAGGAUACCUGUAUUGAAGUCAGAUCAUCCAGGGAUAACUUCCAGUCAUGUGUCUGCAAGUGCCAAGUUCCCAAAGACUCUCACCCACAAUGGAGACAGGUAUCAUGGAGUCCAGACUGGUCCUUGGUGGCUUGUUCAGACAGUAGGGGUAACAUCAGAACUUUUGAUCUCUUUGGAACACUGCUCUUCACAAUAGAACGGUCCAAACCCCAACCUCCUGACAGCCCUGUAGAUUUCAGUUGUGCCGUGGCUUCUCUUCUGUUUACAGACUACAAACAGACAGCUCAGUGGUCUGCUGAGCUUCUUGUGAUCAACUAUCAUGGUAGCUUAGACUCUUAUCUAGUGAGUUCAUCUGGAGAAUACCAAUACAACCACACCUUCCAGUUCGGCAGCCACUACCCACAAGGCAUCAGCUGCGCGACGUACGAUGCCAAGCAUUCCUUGCUCUUCAUAGGGGGCGCAUCGCAGGACGACGCCCCUGACACGCCCACCUCAGCCAGCUCUCUGGGUCUAACUGCAUGGAGAGUGCUGUCCAUUCCUCCUUAUUACAAAUUAGUGGAGGACUAUGAUUCAGAAUAUGGGAAGGUUGGAGCAUCCAGAAAGCUGUUUCGUAGAAUGACCACAGUUAAUAAUAUCUUCAUGAGGUCACAAAAACAGGAUGGUAUCUAUAGGAUGUGCCUGUCCCCUAAAGGCAGCUGUCUUGUGACGGCACACCAGUCUGGUCUGUUGUGUCUGUGGGAUGUUCCAUCUCUCAGAAGAAAGCGAGCUUGGCCUCUCGAAGACCAGCCUGGUUUUAACGAGACUAAUCCCAACAUCCUGGUACCAAUGAGGAAGAAAGCUAACGAUGGGGCAUCAUUCUCAAAUCUCUUGAUUGACAUUAAUUUCUGGUCUGAAGAGGCUAUAAUCUUGGCCAGAUGUUCAGGAGCGGUAGCUGUAUGCUCUGUUGCCAAUUUGAGUAAUCUUCUUGGGACAUCAUGUGAAUGGUUGGCACCUGCCCCGAGGGUGACACUUGCCUCUGAAAAAGGGUUCAUGGCAUUAGAUUGUGAGAGUAGAUCAGUUCCUAUGAAGAGGCCGAGGAGUCCUACCGAUGGGGAGAGAGAUGGUGAUACCAGUUCUAUGAUAGAAGGAACUGACGAUGAAGAGGAUGAUGACGACGAUGACGAAGAUGCACCGCUCCUUACAAAGACUGCCAAGUACAUGAAAGAGGUGAUGUACUAUGUGACGGAGAGUGAAAGAUUCCAACCUCCACGGAAAAAACCAAGAGUGACUCAUAGAACAUACUGCCUCCUGAGUAUCCAGAAAACCACACCAGAUGAAUUGUUCCUCAGAAAGAUCCAAAAUGAGGAAUACGGCGAGGCGUUAGCCCUGUCCCAGCGGUUUGGUCUAGAUUCAGACCUAGUCUACCAGACACAGUGGAGGAAAAGCAGAGUUUCACUGGCCUCAAUUCAAGACUACUUGAGUAAGAUCACCAAACGUUCUUGGGUUCUUCAUGAGUGUCUGGAUCGCAUCCCGGAUGACAUCGAUGCUGCCAGGGAGCUCCUCCUAUACGGCCUCAGAGGAACGGACCUUCAAGCCCUCAUCUCUAUUGGCAACCAGGAAGACAAAGGGAGGUUCAUUUUGUGCUCUGAUGAUGAUAUUGAGUUGGAAAGGCCCUUUGAUCACUAUCGUCAUGGCGAUGAUGAUGAUGAUGAUGACGAAGAUGAAGAAACUGAGGAAGAGCUCUUUGAGAGGAAAAAGAAAGAGAAGAGAGAUAAGCUCCUGGCCCAGGUUGAUUUUUCAAAGCUGACUCUUGAACAAAGAGAACUGUGUCGCUGCAGAACGAGACUGCUUGGAUACUUGGACAGACUGAAAACUUAUGAGGAGAUUCUCGGAGGAGGGGAAUCGGCAUUGAGAGCGUACAACGAGAAGGACUUUGAGAAAUUCAGAUCUGAGAACAUUGUAGAGGCAGCAGUCAGAAUGGCAAGGGAUUCUGAUUGGAAGGCUCUAGAGAUCAUGUUCACCUACCACGGCAAGGAUGUCUUGCCUCAUUGGUUGAUGAUUCUCAAUAACUUCCCGGAGACCACGCCCCCUACUGAAUACAAGACGCUGCUCCCAGAAGCCAGUUAUGAGUCGGAGCCAGAGGUCUACUCUUGGGACCAGGACCAACACAGGGACCAGGACUGGUGUGAGGGUCCAGACUGUCAGAGGGUCAUCAACCCAACCCAGCUAGACUAUGGGGCGUUCCUCUAUGAGGAUAGUCCAGAGCUGAGCAAAUUCAGAUGUGAGGCAAUGUCCAAAAAGUUGUUGACUGAUUGGGUGAUUCACAGAGCAAUGGUCAUUGAAGAUGAAUCCCGACAGGUUGACAAUGCUCUAUCAUUGGUCAGACUCGCCAUGGAAAGAAAUAUACCGGAAUUGGAGAGUCUCCAUCAUGACCUUUUGACCUUGGAAGUGUUAUCUUAUGAGUGUCAGACUGACCCAGACUUGACCCUGGCUUCCUUGAAAAAACUGACCAAUCAUCAGAUCAUCAAGCUCAUGGUGUCAAAGUCGCCUUGCGAGACGUAUGUGAAGGAUGUGAAACGGUGGGUGGUUCCAUUUCUGCAGAGGUGUGAAGAAGAUUCACCGGGAGCCAGAAUAUCCCUCACAGAGCAGUUCAUGCUAUCGUUGGCAAAGGAGGAUCUAUACAAGUGCCAACUCAUUUUGGAAAACAGUAAACACACAUCUCCAGAGCCAAUCAUAAGAAAGAAGAGUGAUCUCUUGUCUUUAGCUCAGCGAUGUAUCUAUGCUUGUGAGAAAGAUAACCAGCUGGAUGUCGCCAGGAAGAUCCUCAAGAUUUUACCAAAGCAAAGCUUAGGAGUUGUUGGGGAGGACCUCUCAGCCCUCUACCAUGACCUUGAGGAGCUUGAAGGUCAUCUACAGGCUGUAGAGAUCCUCGCCAACCAUGGGGUUGCCAUGACAACUCAAGUUGUUAAAGACACCCAGAGUGAUGAAGAUGCUGCUUCUAAACUCAUGGUUAGACUCGCUAGACAGGCUGCUAGAGGGAAACCACCAAAGAAGGAAUGGGAAUGGAACAAGCUUGGGAAGGAUAUGCAAGAACUGAGACGCAUCGUCUACACGUGUUUGACUGCUACACAGUGUCAAGAGAUCUUCACUGAGAGCCUUCUUGGUUCUGGAUCCAUCGUCAACAUCCGUCUCGCCGGGGAGAAACUGACCAAGACCAGACCGGAGAGUUCUACCCUGGCCAGACCAUCGGUCAAGGCAUCCUCUCUGAUCCCAUACGAGAGAUCCAUAGACCUAGUCCUAUCAGCUGCAAGGGAAUACUUCAAUUCAUCAGCCAAUCUACUGGAUACUACCAUGGAACUAGCAAGGUCUUGUCUUCAGCUGAUCACAGACUGUCCUUCAAGGAUCCAGGAUGAGCUAGACCUGAUUACAUCACUGGCUCUCCUAGAUGAUUUCUCAACAUCCAUUCUUCCUCUACAAGUGAGACUUUGUGAAGACAGACUAGAAUUGGUUGAAAAGGUGAUAACAUCAUCCAAAUCUUCCUGCACCAAUUCAGAAAAGCUCCUUCGUCUUGCCAAGCUGUUGCGUGUAUGUGGUGAUAAUGAGAAGGAGAGACAGGGAAAAGUCCUGGUUCUUGUUAGCAGAGCAGCUUUACAGGGUAAUGACUACAAGACUGCAUGGAAUGUGAACAAACGUCUUGUAUCUGAUGGCUAUGGUCCUGCAUGGGAAGUGUGUAGAGAUCUUGCUCUAAAGGAUGACUUCGAUGACCUUCAAGCUCGACGUGAGCUACUAGCCUUUGCUUCAGCUUACUGUGUACCCGAAGCUCUGGUUGCUAUUCUUGAAGCCAGGAAUAUCCUCCUUGCUCAGAUCUUAUAUAGUAAAUUGCCUGUGGAAAUGGAAGACGGCCAGAAAGGAAGGGAUAACGAGGAAGAAGUUGCUAUGGAAACACAUGACAACCUAACAGAAGAAACAACAGAGAUGGAAGAUGAAGGGAUAGAGAAUGACAUAGAGAAAGACACUCCAUCGACGUCCACCCAAAUCGUGACCAGAAGAACCCGACAGAUCCUUGCUUCCACCGGUGCUGCAACUUCUGCGGUACUCGCCAGCACAGGAGCUGCCACCUCCGCCGUCCUCGCUACCACCGGAGCCGCCACCUCCGCCGUCCUCGCCACCACCGGUGCCACAACCAAGGCUGUCCUUGCCAGUGUGAGUGACGCCCAGUGGUGGGUGGGGACCAUGCAGUUCCUGAGGCCCCUAGGGAGGGGUAUGGCAGGGGAUAGUCAGGGGGAUACAGACCAGGAUGACGUGGAGCGGUGUGGAAUCGAGAGGAGGGUGUGUCCUGCCUUUUAUGAGACCUGCUUCAAAGAGCCGACCAUCAGCAAGGGUGACCCUAAUUAUGUGAACUACCAGUGGUCAACAAGUGAAACAUCACACCGGUCUCUCAAUGAAGCACUGCUGAGAGCCAUGCAGCUAAGGAGUUUGACCAAAGAUGACCAAUCCAUGUCAGAACAUGCUACUCAUGUGUUACUACAGCUUGCGAUGGAUGCUUUCAAGUCAGAUGUGAAUCUAGCGUUGGCUUACCUUCUUGCCCUUCCAAAUCCUCUUGAUGCAGACCAAUGCUUUGAGAAGAUCCCCCACUCGGCCCUCUCCCUCCAGCUGGCUGCCUACUACUUUGCCCUCCAAGCCACCACUCGUCUCCAGCCCGUCAAACAGGCCAAGAAGAGACCCCCAAUCUAUGAGACCAUCCCUCCCCAGCUCAUUCAGAAGGUCCUGAAGUUGGCCGAUACCAAAAAGGCGGCUGGGUGGGCCGAUGACGUUUCUGCGUUGGUGGGAAGGCUCAAGCACUAUGAUGAGCUCCUUGCUGAUCUUCUGCAGGCACAGAGUCUCCAAGCUCUUGGAAGGGGAGUGGAUGUGGUACGGUUUACCAGGGACAAUGAAUAUAAACAGGAAACAAUCCUCGGCUUAGCAAUGAGUCUUGAGGAUGAUGUGUAUAACUUGUCUGUAUCCCUAGCUCAGAGGUAUCAUCUGUCAAUGUGGGAAGUUCUAAUGGCUCAUCUAGAGUUCCUUUUCUCAGAGAGUGGUCUCUCAACCACUGCCAUCGAGGCUCGAAGCCACCAGCUGGAUCUAAUCGCCACUCUACUUGAAAGACCAGAGGACUUCUGCGAGAGGAUGGAGACGUGCAUAUACCCGACCAUAGAGGGCUCCGAUCAUCAGCGUCUCAUCUACUACUUCACGUUGUUGCAGAAGAGCGGCACAGAGGUCAAAGGUCAGGUCAUAACCCCUGACAUGCAUGUCAAGCUUCUAAAGAAGAUCAAGGCCGCUGCUUCGAGUCUUGACUACAGACGUCUAAUGGAUGGUGUAUCUGAUCCCAUCAAUGUCAUCUCACCCUCUCUCAUCUCAUCCAAUGUACAUGUUCUUGCCAAACUAGCACCAAAAAUACCAACAAAGAAUGGUGGGAGUUUGACACCAUCUCAAGUCUUCCUUGCAUUCAUCGUGAAAAUGUUUUGGGACGGUGAUCAGAAUCAUAAGAAAGCACCAGAAACCACUGCUGAGUGGCAGCAUCGGUAUGAAGCCUGCGGAGAGUUCUUUGGUAGACUCACCAUCACCGACUUCCAGGAUUUCAUCAAGAGAAUCGUCUUCACUCAGAAAUCAUUGGACAAGCUCUCAAUUGAGUGCAGGCAGAACUUGGUGAGUCGUGCCAUCAAGUUUGCCAAACAGCAAGGAUCAGGCAAGCAGAAGUUUGCUGGGGAGACCAGUGAAAACAUUAUGGAAUCUACCAUCCAAACAUUACAGCUGUACCAAAAGCAUCUGCAGACUCUCAACACAGAGGGCGUGCUUCAAAUCAAGCAAUUUGAUCAGGACAACUCAACAAAAUUUUAUGAGAAGUAUGACAUGUCGAGAGGUCAGCCAGAGGUCAUGAAGACGGUCUUCGCAUCCCUGAUCUGUGCCGGAGCACCAGUCUCACUGUUAGACCAGGCCCUUAAUGGGUCUACGAUUACAAAAUGGAAUGUGCUUUCAGUUAUCAGAGAUGCUAUAAGGAGGAUAUUAACAGCUAUCAAGAGUGGAGAUGGGUUAGAAGAUAUUGAUGCGGAUGGGAGACCCAUUGACUGCUUGAAGAAAGUUACCCAAGAAGUCCAGAAACACACACAAGGAGGAGGUACAUUAGUGACUGCAAAUCACAUCUUAGAUGAGUUACGGCCUUUUUGCAGUGACAUGUCAGUAGCAGUAGAGCCUAGAGUUGAAAUACUACAGCUGCUGGAAGAGACAUUCCCAUUGAGUGCAGAAGACACUCAGUUACUCUUGUUCUACAGAACACAAGCUAUCGUCAGUGGUGCCUGGAUGGAUGUACAGGUAACUGAAGAGGAUGUAGUCUCCGAAUCCAGUCGUCUUGAACUAUUCAAGUCUCUCCUCUCAAGGAGUGCUUCUAUUGACCAGCUGGUGGCCCUCACUAAUCUUCUUCAACAAUGGCCUGUAUUGGAGACUAACUUUAGCUCACCAUCUGAGGAACCGUGGGUGCAAGUUAUUUCUAAGAUGACAAGCUAUUCAGAGUUCAAAGGUCAAUUGGUCGUUGACCUCAUGAGAGAACAACAAAGGAUGAAUCCACUUUCAUCUCAGUGCAUCAGUGCAAUCUACGAUAACCUAGUGGAGACGGGACACCAUCUAGCCUCUAUCAAAAUAGUACUCAUCACCCAACAAAGUGAUCUUUACAAACAUAUCCUUGACUACAUGAAAGUACCUGAGCAAUUUUCGGAGGAUUCCUUUGACGAAGAGCUCCUCCAACUCUUCAUCACCCGAUCCUUUGCUCGCCAAGUCGUCGAAACGCCUUACUAUCCGCCAUUAGCGGACUUCCUGCUCAGUUCCUGUCAGAGGUCAGAGGUCACAGAGAUUGCCAGGCAACUGAAAGAUGCAGGCCGGGAGCCGGAGGCAGCAUCACUGUUGCUACGGCAACGCACGACCCAUCCAGUGUUAGGGACAUUGGAUACUGCCCUGGCAGCUGUGAGGUAUUGGUUUAAAAAAUAAAAUUCAACAUUUAUUUCCCCAUGAAAGAUUUAUGUGCAUGAUAAUGCAUAAGACAAUCAUAUCAAUUAUAUAGUAUACAUGUAUAUCUUCUUGAACUGUAAUUGUAUUGUCACAGAAUUGAUAGCAAAGAUUGAGUGACACCUGGGGCCCAUUUCACAUAGACUUGUUAUGAUAACAAAUGCGCAAUUUCUAUGACAAGUUCACUAUCAACCAAUCAAAUCAAAUCAUUUCAGUAGCUUAAAACUGUUAUUGCAUAUUUGUUAUUGCUGAAGUUUUAAUGAAAUCAGGCCCUGGAUAGUUGGAAAAUUUUCAUUACACAAUCAAGAAGUAAGGUGACUCACAGUCAAUUCUUUUGGACCACAGAAAUCUGUUUAACUUUGCUGAUAUUCAGCCUAGAAGAUGUAAAGGACACGUGUUUUUCAUGUUGUAGUCUGAAAAAAUAUAAAUGAUUCAACGUUGGGAAAUGUUUGAAGUAUGGAAGGUCAAUGAAUGCAAACUGACCUGUAUUUUACACAAUGAAGGAAAUUGGAGAAAACAUAUGCCUACUGCAUUGUUGUGGGCCUCUUAUGAUGUCAACUCCUGUGAUCAACAGACAGUCCUGGUGGGUGUUUCAUAAAGCUGUUCGUAAGUUAAGAGCGACUUUAAGAAUGACUGGUGAACAUUUCUUACGCGCUAUUACCAAUGAACAUAUCAUUUGCCACAAGAAAGGAUCACCAGUCAUUCUUAAAGUCGCUCAGGUUUCACGAACAGCUUUGUGAAAUAGCCCCCAGUUGUCUCAGCCCGUCAAUUGGCUACUAUGUCUGGCCAAUCACAGCAGUCAAAGUCAUUUACCUUUAUUUCAAGAUUGGGUUUAGAAAAAUAGCUCUUAAGAUCAAGUGCUAUCAUGGAAAGAGUUCUUACAAGCUAUAUUAAAUUUGAUAUAGCGCCUUUUUUUCGGUGCACACACACUACAAGAAUCUUUUAAUUUCUGUUUAAAUGCAGUCUUUGUACAUUUAUGCUGGAAUUAAUUUAUUGUGGAAUAAGAAUUAUGUAAUUGGAUAAUGAAUUUCAGUGCUUGAUUUAUUCAUCUCUCUAUUUCUUUCAUGUACAAGUAGUUUUGUUUGUCAUGCAUCAUGUAUUUAAAAGACAGUACCAUUACUUG